AUGAAAUCAUCUCUUGUAACGGAGAAUGGACGCAGAACUAAAACCACUCCUGAUUAAAGCUCUCUGAUUAGUUAUUCAUCCCGUAAGUCUUGUCUCUCGAGUGUAUGUAAUAUUCACAAUAACAAGGAACGUAAAACCUAAGUUAAAGCUACAUGCAAAGUCUUGUGUGAAAUGAGAGAAGAUUAGUCAAGUAAUUUAGCAGUGAAGUUUACAUAACUUCAAAUUGUUUUAGCUACUUAGUCUAUUAUUCAAGUAAUCUCUAAAUUGAAGUCAGCCAAAUUGUAGACAUAUUUCUGGAUUCUUCUAUAAGAUCGCAGAAUUAUACAACAAUCUGGAUAAAAUCAUUCUAUUGAAUCAAUUUCCUUACCUUAAGUUGUUGCUGAUUGGUCUUACUUAUAGAAUCAACAUAAAAAUAGAUUAAAAUAGCGUCAUCUAAAUUAAAAUCCUUCUACUUGGAUUCUUAUGUAAGUCCUAAAUAAAAUUAAGUAAAAAUAAUAAAGGUCUUUUUAUAAACUCAUGAAUAUUCAUCUUAAAUUAUGCAAAGGAACUUUACUACUUCUUAAAGUUAUCAAAAAACAUCAUUAUAAAUAAAAAUGUAGUUCUUAUCUUUGUAUUAUAUAAUUUGUAUAGAAUAAAUAAAAUUGUAAUUCAUUAGAUAGUAGUGAAUAAGAUUUCAAUCCUAUGUAAUUAUAACAACAAUAAAAAAAAGAUAGUAAUAUUGAAGUGAUUUCAGUUAAGGAAUAAUUGGCAAUAAAAUUUGCAAGUACUACAAUGUUGGCAUCACUUUUAAAUUAAAAACAUAUAAAAAUAAAUUUUUAUUUCUUUUUAAAUUUCUUAAGAUGCUAAUAAAACAAAUCUUAAUUUAUUAGAGAUAUAAAUUUAUAUUAAGGUAUUGAAGUAAGUCAAGUAAAUUAUGAUCAAUCAUCUUUAUAAGAAAAUUAAUAAAUUAUAGCUGCUUAAAAUUUACAUUCGUUCUUAUUUAUCAAAUUAUAAAAUUAUUUUUAAGCAAUCAAAAUUUUUCAUUUGAAUAAUAAUUAUUAGAUAAAUGAUGCUAUGAACUCAAUGAUUAUUAAUAAGAAUUGUGAUCUAUCAAAUUCAUUUGAAGAUUUAAACACUUAGAGAAUCUUAGUCACUAAUUUAUAAGAAGAUGAAAAUGAAGAUUUGGUGAUUAAAAAUAGUAUAGAACAAAAAAAGUAGAUCUCUUCCUUAUAAAAUAUUACAGAGAUUGAAGAAUCUACAAAAUCUAGUAAAGCUGUAAUUUAAGAGGAGUAAUAAUUGAAUAAGAAAAAAAAGAAGAAUUAAAAUAAUAAAAUUAAGAAUGCAAUAAAAUCAUAUUGCAAAAUUUAAUAAUAAAGAAAAUUGAGUAAUGAGAGCAUUACAAAGGUAGAAAGUUUUGGUUUAAUCCAUAUUUAAGAAGUGAAGAAAUAAAAGAAUCCUACUAAAUUGUAUACUGCAUAUAUAUUGAUCGUUGUGAUUACAAUAGUAUUUAUAUUGUUUUUGAAAUGA